AUGAAACUCCAUCUUUAUGCAUUAAAGAAAAACUUUGAGUUUAAAGUAAAGAAGUCUGCGAAAAAUAUAUGGUGUACAGUAUGUGUUGAUGAUAAAUGCAAAUGGAGGUUGAGGGCUACAAAAUUGGUUAAUUCCAAUAUGUUCGAGGUUCGUAAAUUUUUCGGUGAACACACAUGCUCAUUGGAUGUUCGACAUAAAGAUCACCGUCAGGCAUCCCCAUGGCUUAUUGGACAUGUCAUAAGGAGAAAAUUUGAGGGUGAUGAUGUUAAUUACAAGCCAAGGUCAAUUGUAAAAGAUAUGAGUUUAUCAUAUGGAGUUCAUAUGAGCUAUGCUAAAGCUUGGAGGUGUCGAGAGCAUGCAUUGGCUUACAUAAGAGGUACACCAGAAUCAUCAUUUCAGAAACUUCCCUCAUUUCUAUACAUGAUGGAGCAAAAAAAUCCUGGAACUGUUACUCAUUUGCAGAUGGACAAUGAAGGUAGGUUCAAAUAUUGCUUCAUGGCCUUAGGUGUUUCUAUAAUGGGGUUUAAGACAUAUAUUCGCCCAGUUAUAUGUGUAGAUGGAACCUUCUUGACUACUCGGUGUGGAGGUACUUUGUUAUGUGCCAUGGGACAAGAUGCUAACAAGCAAAUAUAUCCAAUUGCAUUUUCAGUAGUUGACUCAGAGAAUAAUGACUCAUGGUUGUAUUUUCUACUGAGGUUGAAGGAAGCGAUUGGUGAAGUGGAGAAUCUAGUAUUCGUGUCUGAUAGACAUACUAGUAUAGCAAGUGCCUUGACUAAAUUUUUUCCUGAUUCACACUUAAUUCACACCCAAUUCACACAUAACUUAAUAAGAUAA